AGGACAGUAAUAUUUUUAAGCAUAAAACUACAAUCUGUAAUGAUAUUUAAUUAGAAUAAAGAAAAUAAUUAAAGUUCUAGAAACUCUUAAAUCCUUUUAGUAUUAAGAGAAUGAUCAUGACAAUAGUAAAUGUCAAAUUCAGUAUAGAUGGAGUGAAUUAUCAGAUGAUAAUAAUGAAUCCAAAAUGCUUUAUGAUAGAGUGGAAAUUAAAAUGUGAAAUUUACAAAGAGCUAAAUAUUCUAAAACUUUUUAAAUGAUUUAUGG